CUAACGUCAUGGUCAAGAUGCAGGUGUUCGAGCUGCUGGCGGCCCUCAUUCUGUUUGACCCUCGGGGACACCACCUGGGCCUGGACGCCCUCGACCACUACAAGGGCUGCAGCUGCUGGAUCUACUGCCCAGACUGAGAGAGACAGAAGAUGUGGACCUGAAUAUCCAGUGUGAUGCAUUUGAGGACUCUCUGACGGAGGACCAGGAGGAAAUGCAGAGACUGUUUGGAGGCAUCGACAUGAGCAGCCACCAGCAGGUCUUCACUUCACUCUUCACUAAGGUGUCCAGCAGUCCAUCCUCUGUCCAGCUGCUGUCCAUCCUUCAGGCCUUGCUGUUGGUAGAUCCGGACAGAGCCGAGGUCUGGUUAGCUCUGGAGCUUCUGGCUGACCGAGCCAUACUGCUGUCUCAGGACUCGGACAUAAAUUCUGCUGACUAUCUACUGGAGAAGCUCCUCCCCCAAAAGUCCAUUGCAGCCAGUCACCGGAUCCGAACCAUCGACAGGGCGGUACAGACUCAACUACCAGACAGUCCUCCUGUCCGGUCUGAGCUGAUCAUCAAAGAUAGUUCGACAGCCACCACUUCAGUGCCAUUUUCUCAGGCUCCUCCUCCUCCGCCUCCCUUACCUGGUAUAGGACCUUCUCCUCCUCCUCCUCCACCACCACCUUUAUCUGGUAUGGGACCUCUUCCUCCUCCUCCUCUCCCUCCUCCACCACCACCUUUAUCUGGUAUGGGACCUCCUCCUCCUCCCCCUCCUCCACCACCACCUUUAUCUGGUAUGGGACCUCCUCCUCCUCCCCCUCCUCCAGGUGACAUCAUUGUAGCCCACGUAGCUCCAGGUCUGGGCCAGUCUUAUUGCAGCCCUCUCCCCCAGACCAGCAUCACACCAUGUCCCACCCUCCGUAUGAAGAAACUGAACUGGCAGAAACUUCCAUCCAGAGCAGUGACAGCUCAUCAGUCCAUGUGGACGUCAGCGUCUUCAGAUUCAGUGGAACCAGAUUACUGCAGCAUUGAGCAGCUCUUCAGUCUCCCUCCAACUGAGACCAAGACAAGAACCAAACCGAAGUCUGAGCCCAAAGAGAUGUCAUUCAUCGAUGCCAAGAAGAGCCUCAACCUCAACAUCUUCCUGAAGCAGUUCAAAUGUUCCCAUGAGGACUUUGUGUCUCUGAUCCACAAAGGAGACAGGUCCAUGUUUGAUGUGGAGGUCCUGAAACAGCUGAUCAAACUGCUUCCAGAGAAACAUGAGGUAGAGAACCUGAGGUCUUACCAGGCAGACAGGGACAAGUUGGCCUCAGUGGAUCGGUUUUACCUGCAGCUGCUGGAAGUCCCCAGCUACUCUCUGAGGAUAGAGUGCAUGUUGCUGUGUGAGGAGAGCAGCUGUGUGUUGGAGACUCUGAAGCCCAAAGCUGAGCUGCUGGACCGAGCCUGCCAGAGUGUGAUGGAAAGCACUCGUCUGCCCAGCUUCUGUAAACUCAUCCUGAGUGUUGGAAACUUUCUCAACUAUGGGACUCACACGGGGAACGCUGAAGGUUUUAAGAUCAGCACUCUUCUCAGACUGUCAGAAACUAAAGCCAACAAGUCGAGAAUCACCCUGCUGCACCACAUCCUGCAGGAGGUGGAGGAGAACCAUCCGGACCUGCUGAACCUGCCCGAUGAUCUGGAGAUCUGUGAAAAGGCUGCUGGGUUGAAUCUGGAGUCAAUUCAGUCUGAAUGCAACACUCUGAUCAAACAGCUGAGAAACACUGAGAGGAAGGUUUCAUGUUCAUCUGAGGACGUGAAGGAGCAGUUCCUGUCUCCCUUUCAGGAAGGCCUGCGGGCCUGUGAGAAGCUGCAGCAGCUGUUGUCCUCAGUGGAAGACAAGAGGACGGAACUGUUUGUCUACCUGUGUGAAGACAGCAGCAGCUUCUCCAUUGAAGAACUCUUUAACACCAUCAAGACCUUCAGAGGACUCUUCAUCAGAGCUAUCAAGGAGAACGAGAGUCGUAGGCAGCUGGAGAAGAAGAGAAAGCAGCAGGAAGAGGAGAGGAAACGCAAAGGAGAGACCGCCAAGAUCAUCAGGAAGGACGUGUCCCCCCAGGACGAAGGCUGCAUCAUCGACAACCUGCUGGCUGAGAUCAGAAAGGGCUACAACCUGAAGAAGACCAGACCCCACGUUGAAAGAGGCAGCAGAGCCCACGAUCAUCCUGCGAUCAUACAGAGGUCAUUGGCUGUGGACCAGCCUGACUCGUCUGUUUCCAGCCAAUCAGAAAAGUCUGCAGAACCACCGGAGACCAAUAACAUCCCCACAGAUUUACCUGCUGAAACAAGACCAGAACAAGGGUCAGCUAAGACCAGCCCCUCAGAGAUCCAGAACCUGCCUGAGCCCUCCAUCUCUGCUACUCCCGCUGACACUGAGCGGGACCAGAGCCAGACCAGAGUCCAGGUCUCUGAGGUGGAAUCUGGUCCAGAUCCAAAGACCAGAAACAGGAGGAGCGAGGAGUCUGAGUUUGAGGAGAUCACAUCGAUCGAAGUGAGAACAGCUGAACAUAAGGAUGAUGAUCCAGAUUCUGGUCCUAACAAACCAGCAGAGAAGUCCAGGAUGAGUCCAGCAGGAGCAGCCGCUGGGUCCAAACACAACAUGAAGAGAGGAUGUGUGUCACACUGAGAUGACCAGAGCAGGACUCGUCUCCAUGGUAACGGGCCUCAGUCGGUCUUUAUGGACAGAAACUUGAGAAGCAAAACCAGGAGCCAAAGAGAUUUAAUGUUUAAAGUUAAAACAGUUUCUGUCAGCUGGAAACUCAUCGGACAGCUGAUCUCAUCUCGUCAAAGUAAAUCGUUUGUGACUUCAAUGUAUUUAUUGAACAUCCAAAUUAUCUGACAGGCACUGAAUGAAAAGGUCUUCAUCACUCUUGUCGUGCUGAAAAUUUUCACAUUAAAAUCGUGCAGCUCAUCAUCAGUUGAACCUGAAACAGAAAAUUGAACCAAAUAUAAAUCGCUUUUAUUUCCUUUUAUCUUGAGACUGCGACUUGAUGAUCUCUUCACCAUGUUGUGAUGCUGACUUGAGAUAAGAAUAUCACAUGCAGGAGAUUCUUUUAUUGUGACGGUGAGUUUCCUCUCGUCAGUCUGAGAUCAGUUCAGCCUGUCGAAAACCAACCAGACGGGCAGCUGACCCCAGAACCAGAACCCAGACUCUGUUCUUCGUCCCUCUGACCACUCAGAUCUGAGAUCGGGUUUUGCUUGUGCUGUUGAUGGAUGUUUUAGUCCCACAAAGCACACAGAGACAAAAUAAUUAUAAAGGUGUAAUCAAGUUUAAAAGUCACAUUACAGUUACUGUGUGUGUGUGUGUGCGCGCGCUCCAAUGACCACUUCCUGUGUAAUUGUACAUAAUUAGCGUUGAUCUCAGUGUUUUUGCAGCUUGUGACUCUGGUUCUGUUAACAGUUAAUUAGAAUCUUCCUUUACUGUAGUAAAGUACUAAAAAUACUGCAGUAUGUUUCUGUCAUGUUUAGUCAAAUCCUGCUUUCAAAGUGUACUUGAACUCAUCUCGCUUUUCCUGUCAGCUCAGCAGCAGUCCGGCUUUUACAGACUCAGAGAUUUUGUCUUUU